AUUAAAUAGAUGUACUUAAGUCAAAUUUGUGUUGUAGGUCUUAAUCCAAAAACAACUUCUUUAUUAAAGGAAUCAUGCUAGUCUACACAGCUUUGACCAAUUCAAAUGGGUGAAAACAUCAUGUUUCAGUCAGAUUGAGGUAUCAAGCUUGACCAAGCCUACCCCAAAGUACCUUCAACCCGCCAUGGGAAAGGUUUGGCUAACAUUUUAUAUGUCCAAAAACCUUUACUGCAUAACUUACUUAUAUUAAUUGAAAGAUACAUCUCAAGAUUUGCAGAAGCAAAACCAAAAAUGCCAAAAACAAAUUGAGAUCAGAACUCAAUCCACAGAUCACAUUGGGAAAAGAAAAUGUCUGCAGUUACAAACCAAUCCGGACAAGAGAAGAAUUCAAGGGGAGGAGUUAACUACUUCACUCUGUAUAUUUCAUUCUUUCUUCCUUUGCAUAACUUCUGUAUCAUUGAAAAAGAGUGUGACGCAGGUGCAUGUGUCAUCUUUUAAACCCUGGCAAUCAAUGUGUACAUGUUCUUGAAUCCUUAAUCCUUAUUUUAUUUCUAGAGUCAAUUUCACAGGAAAAUUUUUAAUCCAUUAGAUUAGUAGUUGUAGUGAAAACCUACCCAGUUGUGCCCUUUAAAAUGAUGGGUGCUGACCAUCUCUGUAACAGGAAAGGAGUAUGGAGGCAGGGAAGAAGCAUAUGAUUUUGGUUUCCUUUCUGAUUUUUCUUGUUUCUUCAGUGUAUCCAAUGGCAUCAGAGGGGAGACAGGCUAAUCCCGUCAAGCACUUUGUUCUAGUUCAUGGGUCUUGCCAUGGUGCCUGGUCUUGGUACAAGAUUGUGGCACUACUAAAAUCAUCUGGCCACAAAGUCACUGCUCUGGAUUUGGCUGCUUCUGGAAUUAACACAAAACAAGUGGGUGAUCUGCGAUUAAUUUCUGAGUAUUUCCAGCCACUGAGGGACUUCAUGGAGUCACUCCCUGCAGAUGAGAGGGUGGUUCUUGUUGGACACAGCUCGGGUGGGUUGGCCAUUUCUCAGGCCAUGGAGAAGUUCCCAGAAAAGGUUUCUGUAGCUGUUUUUGUCACUGCCUCAAUGCCUGGUCCCACUCUCAACAUUUCCACACUCAAUCAAGAGACAUCCAGGAGACAAGGUCCUCUACUAGACAGCCAGUUCACAUAUGAUAAUGGCCCCAACAAUCCUCCCACCACUUUCACCUUUGGCCCCUUGUUCUUAUCACUGAAUUUGUAUCAGUUGAGCCCAACUGAGGACUUGGCACUAGGGACUAUGUUGAUGAGACCCGUACGCUUGUUCAGUGAAGAAGACACGUCAAAUGAGCUCAUGUUGUGGAAAAAAUAUGCCUCGGUUAAACGUGUCUUUAUUAUUUCUGAGGAAGACAAGGUGAUGAAAAAGGAUUUUCAACUCUGGAUGAUCCAAAAAAACCCACCUGAUGCUGUUAAAGAGAUUAAAGGAUCUGAUCACAUGGUCAUGAUGUCUAAGCCAAAAGAGCUUUGGGUUCACCUGCAGGCAAUUGCUGAGAAGUAUUCUUGAUGUUGUCAUACCAUUAUGUGGAAAACGACACAAUUGAAUAAGCAGGAAAAGAAAAAAGUUUCAAUUGAAAUUGGUACUUUGAACUGUGGAUUGAUUCAAAGAAAUUUUUACUAAUAGAAACAUCAUGGUUCAGUUGUAUCAAUUAUAAAUGUAAUGCAAUAUACAACUAUAUUUCAGGAGUUUUAAACAGUGUGCAGAAAAUCAAACUGAAGUUCAAAUCAUCCCAAGCUUCAUAUCUGUCUUUCUUCUACAGGGUCAUAAGCCCUGGAUUUCAGAUCUAAAAUCAAAUUUAAAGGGAAAAGAAAGAAAGUGAAGAUAAGGUGUUUUAUCUUGGGAAAGUCAAGGAGGGCAUCAAGGCUUUUCAGCUAUGGAUGAUUGAAAAAGGAACAAAGAAAAACAGCCAGUGGGUGUGGAAGAGAUCAAAGGACCUGAUCAUCCUACGUUGAAAAAAGAAAGGGA